UGAGGGGACGGGCUCACGUCUGCUCCUCACACUGCAGCUGCUGGGCCGUGGAGCUUCCCCAGGGAGCCAGGGGGACUUUUGCCGCAGCCAUGAAGGGGGCACGCUGGAGGAGGGUCCCCUGGGUGUCCCUGAGCUGCCUGUGUCUCUGCCUCCUUCCGCAUGUGGUCCCAGGAACCACAGAGGACACAUUAACAACUGGAAGUAAAACUCCUGCCCCAGUCACCUCAACAGGCUCAACAACAGUGACACUAGAGGGACAAUCAACUGCAGCUUCUUCAAGGACCUCUAAUCAGGACAUAUCAGCUUCAUCUCAGAAGCACUGGACUCGGAGCACGCAGACCACCAGGGAAUCUCAAACCAGCACCCUAACACACAGAACCACUUCAACUCCUUCCUUCUCUCCAAGUGUACACAAUGUGACAGGGACUGUUUCUCAGAAGACAUCUCCUUCAGGUGAAACAGCUACCUCAUCCCUCUCUAGUGUCACAAACACAUCCAUGAUGACAUCAGAGAAGAUAACAGUGACAACCUCCACAGGCUCCACUCUUGGAAACCCAGGGGAGACAUCAGUACCUGUUACUGGAAGUCUUAUGCCAGUCACCUCAGCAGCCUUAGUAACAGUUGAUGCAGAAGGACAAUCACCAGCAACUUUCUCAAGGGCUUCUACUCAGGACACAACAGCUUUUUCUAAGAACCACCAGACUCAGAGCAUGGAGACCACCAGAGUAUCUCAAAUCAACACCCUCAACACCCUCACACCAGUUACAACAUCAACUGUUUUAUCCUCACCAAGUGGAUUCAACCCAAGUGGAACAGUUUCUCAGGAGACAUUCCCUUCUGGUGAAACAACCACCUCAUCCCCUUCCAGUGUCAGCAAUACAUUCCUGGUAACAUCAAAGGUGUUCAGAAUGCCAACCUCCAGAGACUCUACUCUUGGAAACACAGAGGAGACAUCACUAUCUGUAAGUGGAACCAUUUCUGCAAUCACUUCCAAAGUUUUAACCAUAUGGUGGUCAGACACUCUGUCAACAGCACUCUCCCCCAGUUCUCUACCUCCAAAAAUAUCCACAGCUUUCCACACCCAGCAGAGUGAAGGUGCAGAGACCACAGGACGGCCUCAUGAGAGGAGCUCAUUCUCUCCAGGUGUGCCUCAAGAAAUAUUUACUCCACAUGAAACAACAACAUGGCCUUCCUCAUUCUCCAGCAAAGGCCACACAACUUGGUCACAAACAGAACUGCCCUCAACAUCAACAGGUGCUGCCACUAGGCUUGUCACAAGAAAUCCAUCUACAGGGACAGCUGGCACUAUUCCAAGGGUCCCCUCUGAGGUCUCAGCAAUAGGGGAACCAGGAGAGCCCACCACAUACCCCUCCCACAGCAUAACUCUCCCAAAAACAACAGGGGCAGGUGCCCAGACACAAUGGACACAAGAAACGGGGACCACUGGAGAGGCUCUUGUCAGCAGCCCAAGCUACAGUGUGACUCAGAUGAUAAAAACGGCCACAUCCCCAUCUUCUUCCCCUAUGCUGGAUAGACACACAUCACAACAAAUUACAAUGGCACCAUCAACAAAGCAUUCAACAAUACAUUCCACAAGCACCUCUCCUCAGGAAUCACCAGCUGUUUCCCAAAGAGGUCACACUCAAGCCCUGCAGAUGACACAAGAAUCACAAACCACGAGGUCCGUCUCCCCCAUGACUGACAUGAAGACAGUCACCACCCCAGGUUCUUCCUUCACAGCCAGUGGGCACUCGCCCUCAGAAAUUGUUCCUCAGGACGCACCCACCAUAAGUGCAGCAACAACCUUUGCCCCAGCUCCCACCGGGGAUGGUCACACAACCCAGGCCCCGACUACAGCACUGCAGGCAGCACUCAGCAGCCAUGAUGCCACCCUGGGGCCCUCAGGAGGCACGUCACUUUCCAAAACAGGUGCCCUUCCUCUGGCCAACUCUGUAGUGUCAACACCAGGGGGCCCAGAAGGACAAUGGACAUCAGCCUCUGCCAGCACCUCACCUGACACAGCAGCAGCCAUGACCCAAACCCACCAGGCUGAGGGCACAGAGGCCUCUGGACAAACACAGACCAGCGAACCGGCCUCCUCAGGGUCAGGAACCACCUCAGUGGGCACAGCUACCCCUUCCUCAUCCAGGGCGAGCGGCACAACACCUUCAGGAAGCGAAGGAAUAUCCACCUCAGGAGAGACGACAAGGUUUUCAUCAAACCCCUCCAGGGACAGUCACACAACCCAGUCCACAACCGAAUUGCUGUCCGCCUCAGCCAGUCAUGGUGCCACCCCAGUAAGCACAGGAAUGGCGUCUGUGAUCGUCCCCGACACCUUUCAUCCCACCCUCUCUGAGGCCUUCACUGCAGGGAGACCGAAAGGACAGUCAAGCCCAACUUCUCCCAGCGCCUCUCCUCAGGAGACAGCCGCCAUUUCCCGGAUGGCCCAGACUCAGAGGACAGGAACCAGCAGAGGGUCUGACACCAUCAGCCUGGCGUCCCAGGCGAACGACACCUUCUCAACAGUCAAACCCACACCUCCUUCGAUCAUAUCCAGUGGGCUUACAUCUCCACAAACCGAGACCCACACUCUGUCACCUUCAGGGUCUGGGAAAACCUUCAUCACGGCCCUCAUCAGCAACAUCACCCCUCUUCCUGUCACCAGCCCUUCCUCAGCAUCCACAGGUCACGCCACCCCUCUUCCUGUCACCAGCCCUUCCUCAGCAUCCACAGUAUCCUCGGACUCCCCUCUGAAGAUGGAAACAUCAGGAAUGACAACACCAUCACUGAAGACAGACGGUGGGAGACACACAGCCACAUCACCACCCCCCACAACCUCCCAGACCAUCAUUUCCACCACUCCCAGCACUGCCAUGCACACCCGCUCCACAGCUGCCCCCAUCCCCAUCCUGCCUGAGAAAGGAGUUUCCCUCUUCCCCUAUGGGGCAGGCGCCGGGGACCUGAAGUUCGUCAGGAGGACCGUGGACUUCACCUCCCCACUCUUCAAGCCGGCGACAGGCUUCCCCCUUGGCUCCUCUCUCCGUGAUUCCCUCUACUUCACAGACAAUGGCCAGAUCAUCUUCCCAGAGUCAGACUACCAGAUUUUCUCCUACCCCAACCCACUCCCAACAGGCUUCACAGGCCAGGACCCUGUGGCCCUGGUGGCUCCAUUCUGGGACGAUGCUGACUUCUCCACUGGUCGGGGGACCACAUUUUAUCAGGAAUACGAGACGUUCUAUGGUGAACACAACCUGCUAGUCCAGGAGGCCGAGUCUUGGAUUAGAAAGAUCACAAACAACGGGGGCUACAAGGCCAGGUGGACCCUAAAGGUCACGUGGGUCAAUGCCCACGCCUAUCCUGCCCAGUGGACCCUCGGGAGCAACACCUACCAAGCCAUCCUCUCCACGGACGGGAGCAGGUCCUAUGCCCUGUUUCUCUACCAGAGCGGUGGGAUGCAGUGGGACGUGGCCCAGCGCUCAGGCAACCCGGUGCUCAUGGGCUUCUCCAGUGGAGAUGGCUAUUUCGAAAACAGCCCACUGAUGUCCCAGCCAGUGUGGGAGAGGUAUCGCCCUGAUAGAUUCCUGAAUUCCAACUCAGGCCUCCAAGGGCUGCAGUUCUACAGGCUACACCGGGAAGAAAGGCCCAACUACCGUCUCGAGUGCCUGCAGUGGCUGAAGAGCCAGCCUCGGUGGCCCAGCUGGGGCUGGAACCAGGUCUCCUGCCCUUGUUCCUGGCAGCAGGGACGACGGGACUUACGAUUCCAACCCGUCAGCAUAGGUCGCUGGGGCCUCGGCAGCAGGCAGCUGUGCAGCUUCACCUCCUGGCGAGGAGGCGUGUGCUGCAGCUACGGGCCCUGGGGAGAGUUUCGUGAAGGCUGGCACGUGCAGCGUCCUUGGCAGUUGGCCCAGGAACUGGAGCCGCAGAGCUGGUGCUGCCGCUGGAAUGACAAGCCCUACCUCUGUGCCCUGUACCAGCAGAGGCGGCCCCACGUGGGCUGUGCUACAUACAGGCCCCCACGGCCCGCCUGGAUGUUCGGGGACCCCCACAUCACCACCUUGGAUGGUGUCAGUUACACCUUCAAUGGGCUGGGAGACUUCCUGCUGGUCGGGGCCCAAGACGGGAACUCCUCCUUCCUGCUUCAGGGCCGCACCGCCCAGACUGGCUCAGCCCAGGCCACCAACUUCAUCGCCUUUGCGGCUCAGUACCGCUCCAGCAGCCUGGGCCCCGUCACGGUCCAAUGGCUCCUUGAGCCUCACGACGCAAUCCGUGUCCUGCUGGAUAACCAGACUGUGACAUUUCAGCCUGACCAUGAAGACGGCGGAGGCCAGGAGACGUUCAACGCCACCGGAGUCCUCCUGAGCCGCAACGGCUCUGAGGUCUCGGCCAGCUUCGACGGCUGGGCCACCGUCUCGGUGAUCGCGCUGUCCAACAUCCUCCACGCCUCCGCCAGCCUCCCGCCCGAGUACCAGAACCGCACGGAGGGGCUCCUGGGGGUCUGGAAUAACAAUCUGGAGGACGACUUCAGGAUGCCCAAUGGCUCCACCAUUCCCCCAGGGAGCCCUGAGGAGAUGCUUUUCCACUUUGGAAUGGCCUGGCAGAUCAAUGGGACAGGCCUCCUUGGCAAGAGGAAUGACCAGCUGCCUUCCAACUUCACCCCUGUUUUCUACUCACAACUGCAAAAAAACAGCUCCUGGGCUGAACAUUUGAUCUCCAACUGUGACGGAGACAGCUCAUGCAUCUAUGACACCCUGGCCCUGCGCAACGCAAGCAUCGGACUUCACACGAGGGAAGUCAGUAAAAACUACGAGCAGGCGAACGCCACCCUCAAUCAGUUCCCGCCCUCCAUCAAUGGUGGUCGUGUGGUUGAAGCCUACAAGGGGCAGACCACACUGAUUCAGUACACUAGCAACGCCGAGGAUGCCAACUUCACGCUCAGAGACAGCUGCACUGACUUGGAGCUCUUUGAGAAUGGGACGUUGCUGUGGACACCCAAGUCGCUGGAGCCAUUCACUCUGGAGAUUCUAGCAAGAAGUGCCAAGAUUGGCUUGGCAUCUGCACUCCAGCCCAGGACUGUGGUCUGCCAUUGCAAUGCAGAGAGCCAGUGUUUGUACAACCAGACCAGCAGGGUGGGCAACUCCUCCCUGGAGGUGGCUGGCUGCAAGUGUGACGGGGGCACCUUCGGCCGCUACUGCGAGGGCUCCGAGGAUGCCUGUGAGGAGCCGUGCUUCCCGAGUGUCCACUGCGUUCCUGGGAAGGGCUGCGAGGCCUGCCCUCCAAACCUGACUGGGGAUGGGCGGCACUGUGCGGCUCUGGGGAGCUCUUUCCUGUGUCGGAACCAGUCCUGCCCUGUGAAUUACUGCUACAAUCAAGGCCACUGCUACAUCUCCCAGACUCUGGGCUGUCAGCCCACGUGCACCUGCCCCCCGGCCUUCACUGACAGCCGCUGCUUCCUGGCUGGGAACAACUUCAGUCCAACUGUCAACCUAGAACUUCCCUUAAGAGUCAUCCAGCUCUUGCUCAGUGAAGAGGAAAAUGCCUCCAUGGCAGAUGUCAACGCCUCGGUGGCAUACAGACUGGGGACCCUGGACAUGCGGGCCUUUCUCCGCAACAGCCAAGUGGAACGAAUCGAUUCCGCAGUACCGGCCUCGGGAAGCCCCAUCCAACACUGGAUGGUCAUCUCGGAGUUCCAGUACCGCCCUCGGGGCCCCGUCAUUGACUUCCUGAACAACCAGCUGCUGGUCGCGGUGGUGGAGGCGUUCUUAUACCACGUUCCACGGAGGAGUGAGGAGCCCAGGAACGACGUGGUCUUCCAGCCCAUCUCCAGGGAAGACGUGCGCGACGUGUCAGCCCUGAACGUGAGCACGCUGAAGGCUUACUUCAGAUGCGAUGGCUACAAGGGCUACGACCUGGUCUACAGCCCCCAGAGCGGCUUCACCUGCGUGUCCCCGUGCAGUAGGGGCUACUGUGACCAUGGAGGCCAGUGCCAGCACCUGCCCAGUGGGCCCCGCUGCAGCUGUGUGUCCUUCUCCAUCUACAUGGCCUGGGGCGAGCACUGUGAGCACCUGAGCAUGAAACUCGACGCGUUCUUCGGCAUCUUCUUUGGGGCCCUGGGCGGCCUCUUGCUGCUGGGGGUCGGGACGUUCGUGGUCCUGCGCUUCUGGGGUUGCUCCGGGGCCAGGUUCUCCUAUUUCCUGAACUCAGCUGAGGCCUUGCCUUGAAGGGGCAGCCGUGGCCUAGGCUACCUCAAGACUCACCUCAUCCUUACCGCACAUUUAAGGCGCCAUUGCUUUUGGGAGACUGGAAAAGGGAAGGUGACUGAAGGCUGUCAGGAUUCUUCAAGGAGAAUGAAUACUGGGAAUCAAGACAAGACUAUACCUUAUCCGUAGGCGCAGGUGCACAGGGGGAGGCCAUAAAGAUCAAACAUACAUGGAUGGGUCCUCACGCAGACACACCCACAGAAGGACACUAGCCUGUGCACGUGCGCGUGCACACACACACACACACAAAAGAGUUCAUAAUGUGGUGAUGGCCCUAAGUUAAGCAAAAUGCUUCUGCACACAAAACUCUCUGGUUUACUUCAAAUCAACUCUAUUUAAAUAAAGUCUGACUUUUUGUGUCUUCAAAA